GAGAAAACUUAUCGUGAGGUGGUACAGUAUGGGUAUUUGUGGUGGCCAGCAGAAAAAGUUGUCCCAGAAUCCAGUGAAUCACUAAUCGACUUAAUAAGUCGAGUACUAUCGUUACAGAGUGACCACCAGAAUGCUGGGCCGAUUAUCUUGCAUUCCAGGUAUCACUGCAGUCUUUCGAAAAAAAAAAAUUUUUUUUUUGCCUAUUUUAGGGAUGGAUCGUUCAAAACGGGUGUAUAUUGCUGUGUUUCUUUGUUACUGGAAAGGCUGAAAGCCGAGAAUCGUGUUGAUGUAUUUCAAACAGUACGAAGUUUGCAACAAAGGCGACCACUUAUGUUUACAAAAUUCGUAUGUUUUUCCCUUUCGUAUUCCACAUUCUGGUCUGAUUUCUUGUAA